UUGCUGCGCUCGGGCAACCUUUGCAAAUAAUUAAAUUCAACUUUUGGCAACAUUUUAUAGCUCAGCCGAAUUAUGACAGAAAUAACACUCGCUUUGAUAAAGCCCCACGUGCUAAGGAACACCUAUGCGAUGCAGCAAAUCCUGUCCCUGAUCAGCCAACACUUCACCGUGCUCGGUCAGAAGGAGGUCCACAUUACGAAAGAGCUGUCCGAGCGUUUCUACGCGGAACACCAGAAUAAGUUCUUCUACCAUCGCCUGACCAGCUUCAUGAAUAGUGGUCCCUGCUAUGCUUUGAUCCUGCAGUCGGAGGCCAGCAUCCAAAAGUGGCGCAAUUUGCUGGGCCCCACCAAGGUUUUCCGUGCGGUUUACAGCGAUCCCAACUGCAUUCGAGCAUUGUACGGUUUGUCCGAUACCCGAAAUGCCUGCCAUGGAUCGGACAGCGAAGCCUCGGCCCGCCGUGAGAUCAGCAUCCUGUUUCCAGAGUUCAAAGUCGCUCUUCCGGAUACCCUAGAGAGUAAAAAAGAGACGACUACCAUGACGUAGCCCACGGAUAAGGCAGUGCAUAGGCCAAGAGAAGAACUUGGUCCAGUAGCAUUUGUUAUUACCUAAAUAUGGCUGCUCCAGGUUGAACCUGGGAGCACUGUGCCUUAAGGACAUGGGAUCUCCCUGUGAAGUUGGCUUUGCAAGAACAUUUCCGUAUCGUAAUGGGAAAAGCAGGUAACCCAGUCUCUUGUUCAGUUUUAUUAAUGUUGCCACAACCGUUAAAAAUUGUAUGUAUAGAUUUUUUAUUAGAGUGUAUAGAUAUUUACCCUAUAAUGAUAUUUAACUAAGCAUCUUUGUUGCAUUAAGACCAAGAGAAUUGGUAGCAUAUUUUUAAUUUUAAGAUUUGAAACCAAAACUGUUAUAAAAAGUUGAAUAUAACAUGCCGAACGAACAAGUUUUCCUUAGAAACAUGUUGAGCAACAUGUUUUGGUGUUGCCAAACAUUGCGAUGCUGCGCAACUUUGUUCAAAAACUGUCUUAGGUACAAGGUACAAGUACAAGGCUCUACACAUUUAAAAUAGAAUACCACAAAUUAUAAUAUGAAAAAAUGUGCCUAUAAAAUAAGAUUAAUUGUGAAAUGUUAACAAUAAAAUCAAAAAUGAUCUCUCAACUGCUAAUUUAACUAGC